UCUCAACCAACUUGACCCCAAAUUUUUUUUUUCCUUUCAACCCUGGUUAAAAAUCUGACCUUACCCCAAAGUUAACAUAAUAAAAACCUUAUCUUCUCACCAGUAUUAACUCUGCUUCUCUUCUUCUUUCUUACUCGACCGUCGCUCCACUGUUUUCUCAGACACUCUCAAACUUUCUCUCUCUUUCUCCAUUUUCUUUCAAUUUCUCUCUCUAGAAAAAAAACAACAAAAACAAAUCGAACUUCUUUUUGCUUCUUCAUUGAUUCUGCCAAGUCACUGUAGCAAAUCUCCCCAGCUAUUACUGUUCGUUUAAUGGUGCUUCAGAUCUGAGGAGAACCACAGCUGAACUUGUUUGUGCCGGAGCUGGUCAAAUUACGGUUUUGACCCAGCUUCUUCUUGUGCAUUUUACUGUUCGGAAGUUUCGAGCUUUUUUUUUGGGUUAGCUUUCAAUUUUUCAAAAUAGGGAAGGUAGGGGAAAAAAUGGCUUACUUGACGACGACGUCGUUUCCGGAGGAGGUACUGGAACACGUGUUCUCAUUCCUGAGCACCGACAGGGACCGGAACGCGGUGUCGCUGGUGUGCAAGUCGUGGUACGAAAUCGAGAGGUGGUGCCGGAGGAAAAUAUUCAUCGGGAACUGCUACGCGGUGAGCCCCGGGAUCUUGAUCCGCCGGUUCCCGGAAGUGAGAUCGGUGGAGCUGAAAGGGAAGCCGCAUUUCGCCGACUUCAAUUUGGUGCCGGAAGGUUGGGGUGGGUAUGUUGACCCUUGGAUUGUCGCCAUGGCUGGGGCCUACCCUUGGCUUGAAGAAAUCAGGCUCAAGCGAAUGGUGGUCUCCGAUGAGUCGUUGGAGUUGAUCUCCAAGAGCUUCAAGAACUUCAAAGUCUUGGUUUUGUCGUCUUGUGAAGGGUUCAGCACCGACGGAUUGGCUUCCAUUGCUGCUAACUGCAGGUGUCUUUUUCUUCCUCCCAUCUUCCUUGGUUGUUUUCAAAUGGAGUAGAUUCUUUCUUAUGUUGUUUAGGAAAGUACAGUUCGCAUCUUUCUUUUGAUUUGGGUACCCUGUUAUCUUGUGCAAUGCUGGAGUAGUGGGAGUAGCAGUGAUUGAAAGAGUUGGUGAAAAGGUCCGGUCAACUUUACGGUGGGUUUGGGUGAAUAGUGAAAAUCAAUCUUUGUGUUUUAGAUUUACAUGACGGAUAGGAUGUAAACGAUUUGAUGUGGACGAUUUUUCUUGUUUGUUGGUGAUUUGUAGGCAAAUCUAAGAUUUCUUCCUCUUUUGAUUACCUAGUGUCUUUUCGUUUUUUCUGAGUCUGAAGAAUUCUGCUUCAGAUCAUGGAAGCAGGGUUAUUGUAUGACUGGAUUAUGUCAUCCCUUGGAUGUGCUUCUAACCUUGGCUUUGCGUGCCUUAUUUUACCUUACUAUUGUAGGACAUUUUACUUGGAAGUUUUGCUUCACGAUUUCUUGGGCAAUUUCUGCAUUUUGGGUGUACUGUUUAGCUUACACUUCCGGAUUUUUAAUCUCAGUUCUUUUGAUUCAUGGGAACUUUCCGUUUGGAUUUUGGUCUGCAUCUGAUUCUCAAGUAUGAAGAGGAUUUGGAUAGGCAUGCUGUUGUAACUUUUGUUAUUUAGUAGGGAUGCGAAUUUUUCUGUUGUGGUUGUCCUGUUUGCUGUUUUUAGGUGUUGUUAUUGGAGACUGAACUAGACUCUAUCAUGCAUGAUUUUUUAUGGAUUUCUAAAUUUGAAGGCAACCUUUUUAUUUUAUAAUCUUUAUUGGACUUGGUAUAGGAAUUUGAGGGAGCUAGACCUCCGUGAGAGUGACGUGGAUGACCUGAGUGGGCAUUGGCUGAGCCAUUUUCCUGAUUCAUACACAUCAUUGGUGUCAUUGAACAUUGCUUGCUUAGGAUCAGAGGUCAGUUAUUCAGCAUUGGAGCGUCUCGUUGCUCGAUGUUCUAAUCUCAAGACACUGCGUCUCAAUCGCUCUGUGCCACUUGAGAAACUACCCUCACUAUUACGUCGUGCCCCCCAGUUGGAGGAGUUUGGUACUGGUGCUUACUCCACUGAGAUCAGACCUGAUGUAUUUUCUAGCUUGGCUGAUGCCUUCUCCGCGUGCAAGAAUCUCAAAGGCUUGUCUGGAUUUUGGGAUCUGGUUCCGGCUUAUCUUCCUGCUAUGUAUUCAGUUUGCUCAAGGAUAACUUCUCUGAACUUAAGCUAUACCACUGUCCAAAGCCCUGAUCUUAUAAAGCUCAUUAGCCAAUGCCAUAGUUUGCAGUGUCUGUGGGUCUUGGAUUACAUUGAAGAUACUGGUCUUGAGGUGCUAGCCAGAUCUUGUAAAGACUUAAAAGAGUUGAGGGUUUUUCCUUCUGAUCCAUACAAUGCAGAAGAAAAUGUGGCAUUGACUGAAAGAGGCCUUGUCUCGGUCUCAGAAGGGUGUCCCAAGCUUCAAUCAGUACUUUAUUUCUGUCGGAGGAUGUCAAAUGCUGCCUUAAUCUCGAUUGCGAAGAACCGCCCUAACUUUAUUUGUUUCAGAUUAUGCAUAAUUGAACCUAGAGCUCCUGAUUAUUUAACCUUUGAACCUCUUGAUUCCGGUUUUGGGGCUAUUGUAGAACACUGCAAGGAACUUCGUCGGCUUUCCCUAUCUGGCCUCCUUACUGAUCGCGUGUUUGAAUACAUUGGAACACAUGCGAAGAAAUUAGAAAUGCUUUCUGUAGCCUUUGCUGGGGACAGUGAUCUGGGCCUCCAUCAUGUGCUCUCUGGUUGUGAUAGCCUCCGGAAGCUUGAAAUCAGGGACUGUCCAUUUGGGGACAAGGCUCUCUUGGCCAAUGCUGCGAAACUGGAGACAAUGCGAUCCCUUUGGAUGUCUUCUUGCUCGGUAAGUUUUGGAGCAUGCAAGCUGUUAGGCCAACAGAUGCCGAGGCUAAAUGUGGAAGUAAUAGAUGAGAGGGGACCUCCCGAUUCAAGGCCGGAGAACAGUCCUGUAGAGAAACUCUAUGUUUACCGUACUGUGGCAGGGCCAAGGUUUGACAUGCCCUCUUUCGUUUGGACAAUGGAUGAGGAAGCGGUGUUGAGGUUUUCUUGAGAUUUAAUUGUCAGUUUGGGGCCAUUUUGUGAUAUAUGAAUGUUGCUUAUCUGCUAAACAGGUAAACUCCCUGUGUGAUGGAAAAUCCAUUGCUGUAAGAUUCAAUUCAUGAUGGUUUUUUGUAGUUUGCAGCGACCCGUGGGAGUUCCAGAUACAAAGCAACGAUUCAGAGCUGUUAUAAGAUAGCUCAGGAGCUGCUCUAAUGCCAUUAAUUUUACUGAUGGCUGAGCAAAAUUUGUAGCAUUUAGGUUCUUUUUUCAUCAAUAAGAAGUUGGGAAGUAGCCCUUAUGUUAUAAUGUGUAUCAGCCAAGCUAUGUCAAUGGUGGCUUGGUGUAAUGAACAUGUAUACUAUUUGUAGACUAUUUGCAACUUAAUCCUUGUGUUGUAGCAUUGUAGUGUCCUUUAGAACUGUACCCUUUCUGUAUCAUUUUUGGCAAUAAAUUCAUUUGACCAUUUCCCUUGUCUAUCCAUUUAUUCUGUAACUCGAUUUGAUUGAUGGUUCCUGUUUUGAUAAAUAAUUCAACCUUUUUGGGUGUAAAACUUGUAUAUUUUUUUAUGAUGAUGGCCUGCAAGUUUGGCAUCAGAAUCCAAACCCUAAAGCCUAAAGAAGACACCAAGAAAAGAG